AUGGCCCAACCCACACUGCCGACUGUUCCGGAAGUCCGGUAUGAGAACAUUACUGGAGAGCAACUGGCAGUGGAUUUGGCUGCCUUGCCUGGUCCGACUGAAGCGCCUCAUGGAAAUCAGCAGAUUGAUGCCGCGCUGGGCAUCCUUCCUGCUCCUGAGAAUCAGCCGAACGAGGAGCGGACUGCUUCAGCCUCUGCUGGAUUGGCACUUACUCCCAAACUUCCACCAGUGUGGAAGAGUGGUUUCCCCGUCGAGUCACUGCACUUGAUGAAUGAGACCUUGAUGACGCACCGAUUGUCAAGGAAUGGUCCUGUGAAUCGGGAAGUGUCAGCCGCGCUGACCCGAAUGGACUUUGGAAAGCAAGUGACGGCGAUUUGGCAGCGACUGGAUGGAUAUGUUGCCGCCCGCAGUGAAGAAGUUCAGGAGAAGAUCGAUAUGGAUGAUAAUGAGAAGGUCGGACUGGCUGAAGCUGUCUACCGUCGCGAGGGGAAUGAUGACUGGGCUCCGAUCCUGUCCCUGGUGAUUCCUGGGACAAGGAGUGGAGGACUGUCGGGAUGCCGAUUUGAGCACCCGGAUGAGAGCUCCAAUGGUCCAAUGUCGAGCUUGCGAUUGCGAAUGAACAGCUUGGGCAUCACACCGAUGCAGAAUGGCCCACAUGAGUGCAUGGUGGAGACCGCCUGGUACGCAUUGUCCAAAUCAGAGCGAAUGUUCCUCACGAAGGGUGACUGGCACAUUCAAUGGAUUGAUUUGUCGCAGUUCCCAUGCCACCAGCUGAACGGGAGCUUUUGUGGACUGACAGCAUUGCGCAAAACUGUGCAAUGGUUCUGCCAGGGAUGCUUCGAUGAGAAUGCGGCCUAUGAUGGAUUGGUCUUGUACUGA